CGCUUUUUAGAAUUCGAGGCCUUUGAGCAUUCUUGCCAUAGAAAGUGUUGGGUAUUGUAUGCCCUAAGGAAGCUCCACAAAUUACAACAUUUCCCUCAUCUCUUUAGAGACACCGGGGGAACGUUCCAAGUCCGGCCUUCUUUCACCACUGUUCCCCGCGGUCGCGUCAUUUGUCUCGACAACUCGCUGUGUCUCCCUUUCGAUGUAAUUUCCUCUCCUCUUUCUCGUCUGUCCUUUAUCUUUUUUCGGUUCCCCCAUCUAAAUCCUUGCGCCUCUUCCAGUCAUUUCCCUCGUCCUGUCCUCCGAACCACUUCAAGCGACCCCCGUUGUGCACAAUUAGUCUGUCUCGGUACAUCGCCUGCUUCCUUAAAGAAGCUGGCAUCCGUUUGUUUGUUGGAGCAUGAUGAUUCACAAUACUCAUGCGGGGUUUGCGAAAAAAGUUCUCGAAUCGCAAGAUUUUAAGGUGGCACUUGUGAUGCGCCAUGGAACGCGUUCGUUGACUGGUCCAUAUCACCAAGUAUACCCGAACAAGUCACCAAGGGUAGGCCAGUAAACCUGUGAGGUUACCCAUCAUGGAGUAUGUCGCCAUAUCAUCCCAGUGGGCGAAACGCCCUUCUUUCGCGGGACUUCCCUGCCAGAAGAGGUCAGCGGGUUGCCGUGGUCGCGGACGAAAGUCGUGCCGUGCUGCUGCGACCCCUACUUAUUCAGAAUUCUCCAGCUCGGUGCCUGCCUUAUCAACCGGCAUCAGCGCUGUUUCUCCUCUACCGCAUGAGCGCACUUCCAUGUUAACAGGUCCACUGCGUGGCCAACGAAUGCGUCUUGUUCCUCGCAACAUGUCUACUCUGGCGUCUUGGUUGCAAUACACUACGCUAGUUCGGAUCCCUCUAACCAUGCGAAACAAAUUGCCCCAGCCACAUCAGUGGACUGGAUCAGAACAACGUGGAUCAGGACUUCCUUUCGUGCACAGGGUAGGCAGGAGAGACAACUAUAUGCAAUUUUUCAGAAGAGGGCACGCGUCUCGGUUUUCCUGUACCUCCACUUUCUCAUCCGGUACUCCCCGUUGGCAAAGUGCGCAUCCUCGAUUGCGUUUGGACUGUCUAAAAGCAUCGGUAACAGCAGUUCGUCGCUCGUCGCGUUCUCUCCCUCCUGCUUUUGCCAAGACGCGACAUAGAGAGGAUUGCUGGAAGUAUCAACCACAGUCUUGGGUCAGAACCGGCCUCGAGACACGCACCCCUGUACCGUCGGAUCGCGCACCGCUAUGGACGACUCUGUCUUCCAGUCAUCACCGAUCUUCCAUCGCAGCUUCUUUAUCGUCGCAGCUGCAUGCCCCCGCCUCGGCGAGUGGGUCUGUCACAGGGUGCCACUCCAGGGCACUGUCCACGCCGCAUCCAAACUGCUUUCUUGCUCUGAUUCAUGGAUUUCCUUUUGCACCUGGUUGCUGGAGUUCCACUCCCGUGACUGCCAUGAAAGGAACCCGUCGGUUUUUCUCUUCGCGAUUCAGACGACCACUCCCUUUCUCUGCGAAGCCGCAGCAGCCUCUGCGCCCCCCUCAGCAACAAAGUCGACCAGAUGAAUCUCAAGGGCCAUCGCCCAAGUCAAGAGAAGCUCCCUCAACACCGCCAACCCGGCCUCUGGAGCGUGUCUCCAAGAGCGCUUUACAGACGCGACUUCACCGUGGCCCACCAGGAGCCGUCACAAGCCCUCGAAUGGAUGUCAGAAGUCUGCAGCAACCGAGCAAGGAAGACAGAUCUCCAUCGUUCGAACAGCAGUUCCUCAAUGACAAGUUGCUCGGUCAAAACACUCUCCAGUUCACAAAGGUGUCAGAGAAGGGGACCGCUGACGCGCUCUUCGCUGAGUGCCUGGAAAGCAUUCGCCACCGCCGUUUCAAACUGGAUCCCGAUGUUGACAAUCGGUCGAGCGAGGCUGUCGAAAAACUUACACAAGAGGAAAGAGCGAUCGCUGAGAAGAUCUUCCAACGAGUUGAUCCGGAAAGGAAGAUUGCUCCGCGGCUGGAAAGCCGAGGUUGCUACAUCGACCCACUAUGGGACCCUUUCAAGCGGGUGGAGGAACUGCAGCAGCAAGUCGCUCAAGAUCUGACUGAAUAUGCAAAGUUGGUGGGGGCAGCGGAGGCCCGGAGACAGAGAUUACUCGUUCGCGCUUCAUUACGGCGACAGUAUCGCAUGCACGACCCUCUCAGCGAAGGCCACCGGCGCUUCUUUGGUGCCCAGCGAGCAGAUCCUUUUCCUACUCCUCACCGAGUUCACGAGAGGUUCUGGGAUCCCUCACCGGACGUUCGCGUUGCCCUGAAGAACAACAACGUGCCCAUUAGCUGGAGAGAUCUCCAUAUUCUGCACCACUUCGUCGGAGAAAAUGGUCUGAUUCUGCCUCGACGGACGACGCAUGCAUCUCGGUAUCAACAGCGUUGCAUUUUCAAGGCAAUUUGCAUGGCCAGGAGGAUGGCGCUCUUUCCGUAUGACUGGAAGCCAACUCAGGGGGAACUCAUGCCCGUUAUGGAUCCCUUGCAAUACCUUGUGGAUGAGCUUACAUCACGGUAUAAGGCAACUGGAGACUUGCGGGCUGACGCCAUGCUCUGCGUGAUGCUUUCAAAAUACCCGAAGCUCAACUACUUCAGAUACCUGCAAUACAAAGCGCAAACACAAAAAUCGGAGGUGGAAGCUAUGCAACAACAGGAGGAAGAAGACCGAGGUGACUUCUCUCGGCUGUUGAGGAAGUACAAGAGGGCAACAACAGAUCAGGACUCACGGUAUCGACCGACGACGAGUGCCUGAACCUCGGCAUCAUGGCGUUUGAACCCGGUUCUUCCCAAUAUAUGGUCUUGUUUUUUUCAUGUUAGAUUUGUUUACGUUCCACACACACGCAGAAUCCGUGUGCGCAGUGUCCUGCACGUAAUCCGUGGUAUUAGCGGACGCUUGAAAUUGUGUGGGCGGUCCAAUGCAGAUCUGGUCAUCUCUAUCAUUCUGCAUCUGCAGCGGCAAUGAGUAGCAUGAAACACCGUGACAUGGAACCUUCUUUUGAGAGACCGGAUAAUAUUCCUCCCUG